UUUCUCUCCGGGUCCUAUUAAGAGCAAACUUUUUCUGUUUUUGUUCUCCAAGUUCAGCUCAGUGCUCUCCAGCCUGCACACAAUUCGCUUCUGCAGCUGUUUUUCUUUUUCAUUUAUUUCUGCCGUCUCUUCAAUUCCCUGUUUGCUUGCCUUCUGGUUACUACUGUGCGCUUUUUCGUGCCGAAUUUGGACACCGGGAGGAUGCGCUUUUUGGAGGAACCCGUACUUAAAGUUGUCUCUUCGGCCAGCUGCGGGUUGUUUUAGUGGAUACAUAGAUGCUCUUUGGCUUGGAAUAACAAUGGUGCGGAUCUUUGGUGCUCAAGCUGAGGGUAUGCUCUGGUUUCGGCUACUGUUGCUGUGCGUCGUGGAGUUGGAGCUGGGAGCCGGGCUUUCCACUUUCCAGGGUUUCUAUCUUCCACCUGCGAACGGGUCGCUUCUCACACCUGCCCGGAGGACGGACGGGGUCGUGCGUACCAUUGACCGGAUUUACCACGGAGGAGGGAAGGUGGGCUACCUGGUGUACCUGGAUGGGAGCAGGUUUCAGCUGGACUUGGAGCGGGACGAGUUGGUGCUGUCGCAUCAUUUUAGCCCCCAGUAUGUGCUCGCUAUGAUGGGGGGCAGCCACGCGGCUCUGCAGCGGGAGUGCGUGUACCGCGGUACAGUCGACUCCAAACCGGAGUCCCUGGCCGUCUUUAACCUCUGCCGCGGGGGUCUCGAGGGCUUCUUCGCUGUGGACCACGCGCGCUACACCAUCGCGCCCAUCAUCAGGGCAAAAGGACAGGAGCACGACAUGCGCGCCCUGCAGGACAAGGACGCAGAGAGCGCGCUCCACGUGUUUACGCGCGAGAGUUUUAGCUUCGAGGCCAUGCGCGAAGGGCGCGAGAGCUGCGGGACGCGCGACGGGCGCAGAGGACGCGGGGACGCGGCGGGGAGGCGUCGGUUCAGAGGUCGCGGGAAGGGGAGACGGGACGGAGAGGGGAUCGCGGAUGAGAGCGCGGCGGAGCACGGCGCGCUCGAGCGGACACGGUGGAGCCGGCUCGCCAGGGCGGCUGCUGCGGAGCACGGCGCGCGGAGCAAGAGGUCGGUCUCUCGCGCCAGGCACGUGGAGCUGCUCCUGGUAGCUGACGAGACCAUGGUCCAGAAAUACGGCAAGGACCUGAACCACUACCUGCUCACACUCGCCUCCAUCGCCUCCAAGCUGUACGGCCACGCGAGCAUCGAGAACCCCAUCCGGCUGUCGGUGGUGAGAGUGGCCGUGGUCACCGAGAAGGAGAAGGGGCUUGACGUGUCCAAGAACGCGGCGGCCACGCUGAAGAGCUUCUGUAAGUGGCAGAACCAGCAGAACCAGCUGGACGACGACCACCAUCAGCACCACGACGCCGCCAUCCUCUUCACCAGGCAGGACCUGUGCGGCCACCACUCCUGCGACACCCUCGGCAUGGCCGACGUCGGCACCGUCUGCUCCCCAGAGAGAAGCUGCGCCGUCAUCGAGGACGACGGGCUGCACGCCGCGUUCACCGUCGCGCACGAGAUAGGUCACCUGCUGGGUCUGUCCCACGACGACUCCAAGUUCUGCGAGGAGCGCUUCGGCGUGAACAGCGACAAGCGGCUCAUGUCCUCCAUCCUCACCUCCAUCGACGCCUCCAAACCCUGGAGCCGCUGCACCUCGGCCACCAUCACGGACUUCUUCGACGACGGCAACGCCGAGUGCCUCCUGGACUCCCCCCGCCAGCCCCUGCUCGGCCCCGAGGAGCUCCCGGGCCAAAGCUACGACGCCGUCCGCCAGUGUCGCCUGGCCUUUGGACCCGAGUACACCGUCUGCCCGGGCAUGGACGUGUGCGCCCGCCUGUGGUGCGCCGUGAUCCGCCAGGGACAGAUGGUGUGUCUGACCAAGAAGCUGCCGGCCGUGGAGGGAACGCCCUGCGGGAAGGGACGCAUCUGCCUGCAGGGGAAGUGCGUGGACAAGACCCGCAAGAAGCACUACUCGGCGUCCAACCACGGCAGCUGGAGCUCCUGGGGUCCUUGGGGUGGGUGCUCCAGAACUUGCGGAGGAGGGUUGCAGUUCGCCCAGCGCCCGUGCAACAACCCGCCGCCGCGUAACAACGGCCGCUACUGCGUGGGAAAGAGAGCCAUUCAUCGGUCCUGCAAUGUCACGCCGUGUCCGACAUCAAAUAAGAGUUUCCGGCUGGAGCAAUGUGAGGUGCGCAACGGUCCGCAGACGGAUCCGAAAGGGAUGAAGACCUUCGUUGAGUGGGUGCCCAAGUACGCCGGAGUCCUCCCCAAGGACAUGUGCAAGUUGACGUGCAGAGCAAAAGGGACCGGAUACUACGUGGUGUUCUCUCAGAGGGUGGUAGACGGGACAGAGUGUCGCCCUUACAGCAGCUCGGUCUGCGUGAAAGGGAAGUGUGUGCGGACAGGCUGCGACGGCAUCAUUGGCUCCAAGCUCCAGUUCGACAAGUGCGGUAUUUGUGGAGGGGACAGCACAGGAUGCAUACGCAUCGUGGGCAACUUCACCAAGAAGAGUAAGGGCUACACUGACGUGGUGAAGAUCCCUGCAGGCUCCACCCACGUGAAGGUUCGCCAGCAUAAGGCCAAGGACCAGACCCGCUACACAGCCUACCUGGCCCUCCGGCGGCCCAACAACGAGUACCUCCUGAAUGGCAAGUUCAUGAUCUCCACCUCCGAGACGAUCAUCCCGCUCAACGGUUCUGUGCUCAACUACAGCGGCUGGAGCCAGAGGGACGAGUGGCUUCACAGCAUGGGACCCGGGGCCCUCCGAGAGGCCCUGGUGGUCCAGAUUCUAGCGACAGACUCCAAAAGGCCUCUGGAUGUCCGCUACAGCUUUUUCAUGCCCAGACGGACCGCCCCACAGCAGCCCUCCCCUCUGCUCGUCCAGCACCUGAAGCCGACCCCUGUUCAGAGCACCACCAGAGUCUCAAGCACCACCACCACCACCACCACCGGCAGUACCACCACUACAACUUCCUCUGCUCCCUCCGUCCUGGUCCCAGGACCACCGACGACUCCCGGCCCCUCCACCCCAGCUCCCGGGCCCCGUUGGGUAACUGGGUCCUGGAUGACGUGCUCCAGGACUUGUGACACCGGCUGGCAGAGCCGGACUGUGCAGUGCAAGGACCAGGAUGGGAAACUGUCCAAGGGCUGCACGUUAGGGGCACGACCCUCUGCCUUCAAACACUGUCUGGUGAAGAAAUGUUGAGGCGGAAGGAGUUUAUCGUGUACAUCUGAUAAAAGGGUCUCAAGUGCUGGAUGUGGGACCGACCCAUUUUAGAACCUUAAACAGGACUGUGUCUGUUGGCUGAAAACGCUUGGCCCAGAUACCCAGAGACAGAUUGUCGUGGAUGUACCUGACCGUACGCCGGGCGAAGAAUGUCUGGAAUCGUAGUAGCUAUGCAGAGCACGAGUGCAACGGUGGACAGUGUCAGUGUGAUGGUUGCAAGUAACGCCCUGGCGACGCUAACGACUUAAAUUGCAUGUCAUUUCCACAUGGACAGUAGAUGAUUGUCUUUACUUCAGUCUCCGGCCCUAGGAGGCCCAGUGUGUGUUGCCCUGUAUUGGCAUGCCUGUUUCUUUUUUUAUGCUUUUCUAAUCACUGUGGGAAUGUGGACUUUUUGUCUUUUGCCAUGUCAUUGUGUCCGAGACAAGAGCCCCCAUCGAUGAGAUGCACCUGAAGUCCUCAUGUCUGCCCGUGAAAUCAGUAAUUGCUCAGGCUGUCUAUUUCAUUGACCAAUUUGAGUGCAUCCUUGCAGCACUAUAACUAAAACGGGGGUCUCUAUACCUUCUGGUUUGCGUCCCAAAACUCUUCCUGUAAAUACUUGUAUGACCCACUUAAGAGGCUAGAAUGUGUAAAUGAGAUGUGCAAACGGACGGAUCAGGGCUACCCAUAUUCCCUGACAUUAAGUGUUCCGCGUCUUUAUUCGCCUGAUCUGUCCAAGCGGGAAAAAAUCGAGAGAAGAAAAAGGGCAGAUUUACUGGGAAGCGUUUUCCGUACUAGUGAGCAAGAAUGAAUGUUGAAUCCCAAAUCCAGUCCAUCUCAAGCUGUUUGGAUAAGUCCCUGCCCCCGAGGACACAAGUUACCUGGCAGCAUUGACACUAGCGUGGUGGGUGUGUGAUGGGAUGGACGCAUACGCUGGCCCUCAGGCGACAAACUUUAUAACAGUUAACCUGACAAAGGGGCGGAGUAACCUCGACACUCCUUAACGUUUAUGGAGGCUAAACUUUACUCACAGGUCCAGGGCCAUGCUUGAUUAUUUGUGGGCGGAUGUGUGUGUGUGCGUCUGUGUCUGUGUGUGUUUGUAUAUUUGUUCCGUUUGGAUCAUUAUGCUGGUGCUAGGAGGUUUGCGACCAUCAUGUUUUGUCUUGGCGGCGAAUAUCCGUUUUAUUGGUCUGUUUUAUCUGUUUAGUGUGACAAUGUGAGCCCCUGAUACUCGCAACGACAGCGAUGGCGAUACUAACGCCGUCAAUAAUGUCUUUCUGCAAUUCACCUAUGUCUUUUCAUCACUCAUUCUCUAUUUUACUACUUUACAUUCUGCUUUUAUCUGUUUCAAACUGUGUUGGGUGGUGUUUUCACCCUUCGGAACCCUUUCAACCGACAGAAUGUGCCACAGAGUAGAUUUGGGUCAGUUGACCCAAAAUACAAAGAAUGGAGGAAGCCCAGUUAAUGAACAGCGUUCUAAAAAUGACAUUUACUAUUUUAAGAAAAAACUCUAAAAACAAUGCUAAACGGUAACUGGAUUGUACUUGUAUUUUAUAGUCUUCCAACUACUCAAAGUGCUUUUACACGACAUGUUAUCACUCACCAUUCACUUCAGACAAUCCACAGACUUCACUGUCAACCAAGUACGUGUAUGUACGUCCUGCUAAAGAAACAGCGCUGAUACUCUGGGACGCUGAUUGUGGAAGUUGAUAUUGCAGCUGUUCUAAAGAAACUGUUUGACACUUUGGGAAGUAUACUUGAUUAAUUUUCUCGCUAAGAAAUAGAUCUGAAGAGUGAUACCACUCUCAUUCCUGAAACUAGAGCCAGGAAAUAGUUAGCCUAGCUUAGCAUUAAUACUUCUAGCCAGGGGAAAGGGUGUGUGUCCAAAGAAUAAAAAUACGCCAACCAGCAACUCUUGAUACUGCUCAAUAUUAUUUGCUUAGUCUGUGCGACAAACGGAGCGUAGUGACAACAAUUUGCUCGUUUUAUGCUAAGCUAACACACUUCUGGCUCUAGCUCCAUAUUGAACAGACAUGUAUGAGUGUGGUGUCAAUCUUGUCUUACUCUCAGGAAAGUUAAUCUAAAUGUAAAAUGUAUUUUUUUUACCAAGUAGAAAAACAACAAUUUGCAUCACUAGACACCAGUAGGUGUAAGUGAGGAGAUUUGCUUUUGUGUUUAUUUUUGGGGAACGUAUUCCUGAAUAUCCUUUACCAAAUCUCACAAUAUCAUGCUUUGAUUUGGUUAUUGUAAGGAUACAUUAAGAGUGUAUACAACAUACAUUACAUAUCAAAUGUACUUAAAUACAUACCUGCCUUUAAUUGUUUACAUUACAUUUUCCUGUGUGGCAAGGCCCCCCCCCCUCCCCUCCACAUCUGGCACCUGAGGAAGGUCUUCAGAAAGUACAUGACCCGGGUCAACAAACCACUCACCCUCCGUCCUCCCUUCUUCCCUCACACAUUCACAUCUGUUUACACAAUGUAGACAUUUCUGUACAAAGAGUCGAUCUUUCAUAUACAUGUAAGCAUUCAACCAUAUUUACGCAGAAACACACACAUACAGACACAGAGAAAACACCCAUCAGUCAAGUGUUUCAGAAACCGUAACACACACAAACACACGUACACACACAAUCUACUCUGACUCUUCCAGUGGGGAAAGAAAACACAGCACUGAACUUGUAAUUUAUUGUGUGUACAACUGGUAUGUGUGUGAAUAAAAAAAACAAUAAGAUGAGCUUUAUUUAUUUUAGUAAUUUUGUAUCAUAUUACUAUUUGACUGAGGAACAUGACUCCGCAGAAUCAUUCCUUUGUGAGAAUAUAGUGUUUCUUUUCUAGUCAUCCACAUGAAAUAUAUGUACAUAAAAUCUAUAUAUUUAAAUA